ACACACACACCACACACUCACAACCCAUUUGCUUCACCUCCUCCCCUCUCUGCCACAUCCAAACAGGACACACUCCAAAAAGUGGAGAGACACAAAAAAAAAGUUUUUGUUUAAAAAAAAUAUAUAUAUAAUACACACACACAUAUAUAUAUAUAUAUAUAUUCGGUUCUAUCGACUCUGGUUUGUUUGUGAACCUGCAAAGGAAGGAAGGAGAAGAGAGAAAGAGAGAGAGAGAGAGAAAAAAAAAGAAACAAAAAAGGGAAGAUUGUUUUUGAGGAUGGGCUCGUUUGGCGCAAGGAUCCUCUGCUGCCAGUCUCUGAUCCUCAUGUUGGGGACAGUGAUUCAAGCGUUGGAGGGGGUCACCGUGACAGCCCAUGUUGGAGAUACCAUAACACUUGACUGCCCUGUGCGAUUACAUGCUAAUCCGACAGUAGUUGGAUGGAACACGGAAAUUGGUAAACUUGAGACUCUUGCUGGAAUUAAUGUGCUCACGGGCAUUACUACAAACGUAAAUGUUACUGAAUACGAGGGAAGGAUAGUUAUGUCUAAGAACUAUUCCUUAACUAUCUCCGAUAUUAGUAUCAAAGACGAAAGGAAAUUCAACUGUUUUGUAUUAUAUGGAAUCGUUUUGGAGGAGAAUCCGGUCACUGUCAGAGUCUUCAAAAUACCAUCUGCUGUUCAUUUGACACAGACAAUGUCUUUCCUCAAUGAAGGGAAAAUGCAACAGGUUGGUACGUGCACUGUGAAUGGCAGCUUUCCGCAAGCUAACAUUACUUGGCAGAUGAACAACGAGAACAUCAAAAUUGAUGAUCCAGCCGUGGCUAUCGAUCAGCAGAAUGCAAACGAUCAGAAUGGUUAUUUUAUAACAGACUCGACUCUGAAGUACUUGUCAAAAAGAGAUGAGCAAGAGAUUUCAUUUAAAUGUAUAGUGCAUUAUUUUGAGAGCCCAACCAAGAAAGCAAAGAAAGUGUCUAAAACAGCACAUGUCAAGAUACACUAUAACACUUCGAAGAUUAUGCUAAAAGUGUCACCAGAGAAAGCUAUCAGAGAGGGGGACAAAGUUACCCUGUCCUGCUCAGGAGAUGGAUACCCUGUUCCAGAGCUGUUCACCUUCAAGAAAAAUGGGGAGUUACAAACUUCCGGGAAGACUGAAUUAAUUUUAAAUUCAGUGAAUCGAAAUGACACUGGGGAAUACGAGUGCUCAAUGAACAGUGAUCCUAGCUUAAAGGAUGCCAAAAACAUUACCGUUCACUACGUGGACUUGACUAUUAGCCCCAGUGGACUCAUCAAGAAGAAGCUGGGAGAAAACAUAACUGUGAACUGUAAAGCUGACGCUUCAGGAACCGUGAGCAUCGUCCUGAAGAAAAAGGACAUAGAAUUCCUAUUCCCCUACACAGUGGAUUCUCUAGAGUUCAAGAAUUCUGGCAUUUACACCUGCCAAGCCAAAAUAGGAGAGCUGCCGGGAGUAAAGAUAAAGCAAACAAUGGAGCUUCAAGUGGAAGGAGAACCACACAUAAUUCGCUUGACAAAGAAGGUCUUGGAUGAUUCAAAGCAGAUAACCUGUGCUGUGGAGGGAUUUCCCAGGCCAAGCAUCAAAUGGAAUGUCAAUGGCACAAUUCAAGUAGACAAAGCAAAGAAUAUAACUGUCCACAAACUUACUUUCAAACCCCUGGAGAACAUGACAGUAUCGUGCACAGCCCAAAACAGCUAUGGACAGGAUGAAAAAGAUCUGAACGUAACCUCAAUGAAGUACAAAGAAGAUGACAAUGACAAAAAUCUUGAGAAGGAGAUUCCAGACAAUAAAGAUAAGGCGGAGAAGAGUAAUAAGCAAGCCAUGGUGAUAGUGGGGGUGAUUGUUGGCCUUGUGAUUGCUGCGGUCAUCACUGGUGUAGCCUACUGGUUUUGCAAGAAAAGAGCUUCAAAAACCAAUGAAAGUGGUACUGCAGAGGAGAUCAAGAAGAUACACACGGAUGAUAACAACCACACGCCAGGCGCCGUGGCUAUAUAACCGCACUGUGUCAGCAAGCCAGGAAAUAAACAUCUAUUAAGAAGAUACAGUUGCUUAAGGAAACGAUUGCCACUGAAACAGCGAUUUGCAAGAUGUGCUGAUCAACAGCAAGUUGGAAUUUGCCAUUGACCACCACUGGCAAUGUUUUAUUUCUGAGACCCAGAAGUAUAUAUUCAUCCAGCUGAAUACCCUAAUGUUUUGAAUGAACCAUAUUGAACUGGUUUCUGUUUCUCUUUGAGGACUGCAGUAGAAUUUAGUGCAAAUGGUAAAACUGUACAAGACUGGAAAUUUGCAGACACUGAAUGGAGAAGAAACCAUUCUGUGGCUAUUUAUCAGCUGCAUAAUUCUUCUGCCUUUCCUAUUGCACACACAAUACACAACUGUCUAAUGUUAGAAACUAAAAGAUGUUUAUUGCUCAAAACCAAAUAUACUGAGUCCUCAAAAGAAUGAAAACAUUCCCCACUGCAAAAAGUGAGUCUUUGUUACUUUUUUUAAAAAAAACAAAAAAAGUUUUCAACAUCUGCACUGAUUUGUUUGCUUUGAAUGUUAAUUUUCCAGGGAUUGGGUAGUGCUAAGCAAAUGGCAUUUCCUAAUAGUUGGGAUCUGUGGGUUAAUAAUGGAUUGUGCUUUCGUCAGAUGUAAUUUUUUUUUUCCAUUUGCUUAAUGUUAGCUUCAGGUUCAUUUUCAUGGCAAUUCUGGUUAGUUAUAAGUUUCUGCACAGUGCAGAAAAUUUAAUCCUUCUCUAAAUCCACUAGACUUGUUGCUUUCAAACAGCUUCGGACAAUCAUCUUGGUCUAGGUUCAAAUUCUUCUCACUCCUGAAGUCUCUUCCCUUGGGUUUUGCUCACAAGGCUUUUUGACAGUGGUGCACCAGCUGCUCUCACAUCGCACGUCAUGUCAAUGUGAUAAAGAAUGACAAUAAUAGAUGCACAUUAUUCCCAUUCAUUAUGGCAAAGACGAUGGUACCUCCAAAACUGCUUCAGAUAAAAAGUAGUGUGGGUGGGAAGAAACGCUUGUGUUCCUUUGAUAGAACAGCUGAACCUCACAGCUACUUACAGAUUUCACGGUGAGGGGUGUAGGUUAAUAAUGGGCAAUGUUAAAGUAUGCAAACUUAAGACAGGAUAUUAUUGUAAAAAAAGGGCCAAAUAUAAAUAGGAAUUAAAUUUUUUGUGUUUUUGUUUAUGAGCACUCUGUAAAAAAAAACUUUGCUUUGAGCAAUGUGAGUUAUGACUUUAGUGUGUUAUGUAGAUACAAAAUCAAAGAGAAAUCAAAUGGGGAUGGGGGUGGGUGGGGUGGAGGGGAGGGUGAGAAUGACUUGACAAAGUCCCCGGUAAGAGUUUUGGAAAGAGAUCAAGCUUGUGGCAGAUCAGGGAAUUAUGUUUUGCCAUAAACCAAUUUUUGAGUCAAUGGGAAAUGACUGCUGAAUAUACCAGCUGUCUGUCUGCUAAAAUAUGCUAAGACUGUGCAUGUUUCUUAUGGAAUUUAUUGGAUCAAUUUCUGUGGUGAUCUGCAGUCACAUUUUAGGUGAUAUCUUCUACUUUCUCAUGUCAUGUACUGUAGUUAGAUUCUUUUUGAACAAAACAAUUCAGAGGUUUGGUGUGGCAUAUUCAUAGAGACUUGUGGGCUUUUGGGAAUUCACAUAGAUCCCUUCCCUUUAACAUUUUAGCAUUAUAUUUUGUUUAUCCAGUCACUUCUCUGCUAAAUUGAUAAGGCUAGCAAGGGAGGGGAGGAAGGUCAUUAGUCAAAACUAAUUUCAUUUAGAAAAAAAGAACUCGUUAACAUGACUACAAAUAUAUUGCAUAAAGGUUUCCUUAUAGGUAGGUAUAUCACCCUGUAUACAAUAGGCAGAUCCAAUGACUCCAUGCAGCAUUAUUAUACAAUCAUUGUAUAAUUAAUAGGAUAGCAUACAGGCCAGUACUAGGUCAUUACAUGCCACCACUAUUGCUGACUGAUUCCCCUCCAAGCCUGCAUUGCAAUACAGAUGUGAUACACAUGUACUUACUAUGGCAUCCUAAAUUAAUAGGGACUGCGGAGUGCGGAAAACAGUUCCUUGUUGUUUAACCUUUCCAAUUUGCUAAAAAUAAAUGUUUUGAAGCUUUAA